CAUUUGGAAAAACUAGAGAUUCAACGGCGUACUGAGUUGAACAUUGAAUACUCGCAGACGCUCACUCCCCUAAACGCUCAACACACACUCUAAACGAACGGAAUAAACCGAAACAGUCACGAGAGUGUGACUGCGCGUGAGAUGGGUCACCAUCACUCCAAAUCAUCAUCGUCUUCAGAAAGGAAAGGAUCGCUUCGUGCUCGCCUCAAAGAGCGUCUUCACCAUCGCCAUUUCCUUCAUCACAGAAGUGGUAGCUCCUCUUCCCCUCACAAGCUCCUCUCCGCCGAUAACUUCGCCGGAAUUGCUCUCCUCACCCUCCUCAGCGCGGAGCUGAAAUUCAAGGACAAAUGGAUUGCGUGUCUUUCUCUCGGAGAACAAACUUUCCGCACAAACACCUCUGACCACACAGACAAACCAGCUUGGAACUCUGAAAAGAAACUUCUUUUGGAACAGAACGGGCCUCAUGUUGUGAGAAUUUCUGUCUUCGAGACCAACAAACUGUCCAGCAAUACUCUUGUUGGAUACUGUGAGGUUGAUCUACUUGAAUUUCUGACCAAGGAUUCUGAUUCUGAAAGCCAGAAAUUUGACCUUUUAGAUCCAUCUGUGCCAGGAAAAGUGGUUGGCAACAUUUCCAUUUCAUGCUCUAUAGAGGAUCCAAUUGAAACGGAGAAAGGCUUUGUUAGACGCAUUUUAUCUAUUGUGGACUACAAUGAAGAUGGGAUGCUUUCACUCUCUGAAUUUUCUGACUUAAUUGAUGCCUUUGGCAAUCAAGUAGCAACCAGCAAGAAAGAAGAGCUGUUCAAAGCAGCUGACAAAAAUGGAGAUGGUGUUGUGAGCAUGGACGAGUUGGCUGCUCUUCUUGCUUUUCAUCAAGAAAAGGAACCAUUACUGAAUUGCUGUCCUGUUUGUGGUGAGGUUCUUCGGAUUUCUGACCAGUUGAACAACAUGAUCCACUUAAGUCUUUGUUUUGAUGAAGGGACAGGAAACCAGGUGAUGACUGGAGGGUUCUUGACUGAUAAACAGGCUUCAUAUGGGUGGUUUUUCAAAUUGAGUGAAUGGGCCCAUUUCUCAUCCUAUGAUGUUGGUAUUCGAUCUGGAUCAAGUGCUUCCCAUAUUCUGGUAUAUGAUCGGAAGUCUCAAAGGCUUGUUGAAGAAAUAAUUGAUAAAAAGAUUGUUUUGUCAAUGAGAGCCAUUUAUCAGUCAAAAAUAGGUCUUGGCCUAAUGGACAUAGGGGUGAAGGAGCUCUUGCAAAGCAUCUCUGAAAAACAGGGAGCACGAAUGGAUUCACCUGAAUCGUCUGCAGAUAUACCAAAAUUUAUUGAAUCUUUUAAGGAUCAAAUCAACUUAGCUGAAGUCAAGUAUCCACUGGAACACUUUAAGACAUUCAAUGAAUUUUUCAUUCGAGAGUUGAAGCCUGGUUCAAGACCAAUUGCUUCUGCUGAACGUGAUGACAUUGCUGUAUGUGCUGCUGAUUGCCGUCUAAUGGCAUUUAAAUCAGUUAAUGACUGUACAAGAUUUUGGAUCAAGGGUCGUAAGUUUUCGGUUCAGGGCCUUCUGGGGAAAGAAAUGUGUUCCAGUGCUUUUGUUGAUGGAACAAUGGUCAUUUUCCGUUUGGCACCACAGGAUUAUCACCGUUUCCAUUUUCCAGUAUCUGGAAUUAUUGAGCAAUCUGUAGAUAUCCCUGGAUGCUUGUAUACAGUCAAUCCCAUCGCUGUAAAUAGCAAGUACUGCAAUGUCUUCACAGAGAACAAGAGAGUCGUUUCAAUAAUUUCAACUGUAGAUUUUGGAAAGGUGGCAUUUGUUGCAAUAGGGGCUACAAUGGUUGGUAGCAUUAGUUUUACAAAGAAAAAGGGUGACUAUGUCAAGAAGGGAGAUGAGUUUGGAUAUUUCUCAUUCGGUGGAAGCACUGUAAUUUGCGUUUUUGAAAAGAAUUCAAUUGCAAUUGAUGAAGACCUUCUAGCAAAUAGCACCAGAUCACUGGAGACCUUGGUUUCUGUAGGGAUGAGAUUGGGCGUCUCAACGAAGAAAUUGUCUUGAUGUUGGAUUGAUUAACUUGGAAAUGUUGAAAUUGAAUACUAAUUAUUUCAAUCAUGACAUUGUAUGCUAAUCAUGGGAGAUGUUUUCCCAAUCUGUAAAGUAAACCUUUUUCAACAUCAUUCUCAAGUAUUGCACUAUCUGGCUCUAUGUUUGAAUAGUCUACUGUUUGAUCCAUGUGGAAUAAGCUACGCCUUACAGAAAUGCAGUUUCCUAAGCAGAGUAACGAUGGAUCAACAAACUUACCACCUCCCUGGCACUCCUUGGAUAAUAUUUCCAUCAAGUUGGGUAAUGAUGCAUGGGCAUAUCUACAAGCAAGUCUUUACAUAACACCAUUGUAGGUUUAUCAUCCUCAUGAGGUGACAUAAUGGAAGCACUUUUCAUCUAGACAUGUGUUCAAUUGUAAAUAUUGUGUGGAAAGGGUUAUACCAUUUCUUUUUCUUCCUAAAGGGAAUUUGAGAUCCGACAUGACGGUAUUUGUCACUCGCAAAGUCCGUGACCGUCUCAACUAUGUUUAACAAUUUUCAAAUUUAAUUAGCGUAUCCCUUUCAAGUUUUU